GGGCCAGUAGUAGUGUGAUGACAGCUCUGUGUCCGUUUCUGGCAGCGUGGGAUAGAGGAGCUCGGCCAUUGAAUCUAUCUCAAAACUCGAGUUGGAACUGUUCCCUAAGAACUGUCGGACGGUUUCUUCGUCGCCUCUUUCGGCUGCUGCGGAUUAGUGGGUCAUCAUGAGGAUACCGUAGUCUUUAUCGGAUAGGGUGGACAUGGCCAAUGAAGCGCGGAAAUAAAUUCCGGUGAGUGUGACACGAUGCUUUCAGUUCUUGUUCAAGUACCUAAAUUAGACUGUCCCAUCUAUGAGCUGGAAAAGUCUAAGGUCCCCGGUGAAAAUAGAGACAUGGUUGGUUUGAAGCUAACCAUCAUUUACUGCAAUUACACCUCUAAACAAAGCCUACCACAUCCGAACCACCACAAACACAAUCAUAAUCACCACCACCACCAAAAUGCCCCCCAAAAAAAUCCUCAUCAUCCUCAGCGACGCACACACCUUCCCCCUCAAAACCUCCACCAGCACCGCCCCCAACCAACCGGCUUCUUCCUGACCGAACUCGCCAAACCCCUCUCCAAACUCCUCUCCGCUGGCCACGAAAUCACCUUCGCCUCUCCAAAAGGCCAACCCCCGACCCCCGACCCCCUCAGCGAAUCCCUCCUCGCCUUCGCAGGCAACUUCUACGAACGCCAGCGCGAAAACGAACUCAUCGAGCGCAUGCGUCGCGAGAACGGCUUCUCCUCGCCACGUCCCUUCUUCAGCAUCAGCGACGACGAACUACGCACCUUCGCGGCGGUGUUCAUCCCCGGUGGUCAUGCCCCGCUUACGGACCUAGGCAGCGAUAAGGAACUGGGCCGCAUAUUGAGGUAUUUUCAUGGGGAGAAUAAACCCACGGCGGCGAUUUGUCAUGGGCCGUAUGCGUUGUUGAGUACGAGGCUUGGAGAUGGGGGGUUCGUGUAUAAAGGGUAUGAGAUUACGUGUUGGAGUGAUGCGGAGGAGAAGGUUAUGGAGACGGUGUUGGGGGGUGAGAUUGAGAAGGUGGAGGGGGAGUUGAGGAAGGAGGGCGCGGUGAUGGUCGAGGGAGCGAAGGAGAAGAUGGGUGGGACGACGCUUUGUAGGGAGUUGUUGACGGGGGGGAAUCCGUUGGCGGCGGAGGAGUUGGGGGAGAGGUUUGUUAGGAUGGUUAGUGUUUGAUCUUUGCUUAUGGUGUGUAUGAUAUGAGAUGUAAAGAUUUGGUAUUUGGUAUUUUAGUCGUGCACUUUUAUACUAUAAUCACACUCGUUUCAUCCCGC